UCAUCUUAGUUUCAUGAUAUAUAUCAGAAACAUGGCUGCUACUCAUGGCUUUCACUUUCUUUCUCUUUUCCUUCUGUUGCUAAUUAUGAAUGAACACAACAUUGAAGCAAGAGAUAUGAAGGUAAAGCUGCAAGAUGAGAAGCAGGUGGAUGAAGCCAAAGCAACAGUGGUGUCUAGCAAUUUACCUUACAUUUUGAGUUAUAGAACCAAUUCAAAAUCUGUUGAACCAAAUUAUAUAGCUUCAUAUACAGAUACCAAGCACAACCAUCACCGUCAAAAACUCACUCAGCCUUACACAGCAAGUUACACUCAUUCUCAUGAACUCAAUCACCCUUACAUUACUGCCUAUGGUGUCGACAAAACUCCAAAAGAGUCACAUAAUAGUGAUGUUUCUCUAUCUACAACUAGUUAUGGUGACAUCACUCAUUCCAAUGAACUCAAUCUUCCCUACAUUGCUACCUAUGAUGCCAAGAAAGCUUCAAAAGAGUCACAAAAUGAUGAUGCCAUUCUAUCUUAUGUGACUAAAUAUGGUGGAGCUGCUCCUGCACAAGAAGCCAAUCGUCCUUACAUUACUGCCUAUAAAAAAGUUUUAAAGGAAUCACCCGUUGUUGAUCUUACUGUGCCUUACAUUACUGGCUAUAAGAAAGUUCUAAAGGAAUCAACCAAUGUUGAUCCUACUCUGCCUUACAUUACUGGCUAUAAGAAAGUUCCAAAGGAAUCAUCCGAUGUUGAUCAUAUUGUGCCAUACAUUACUGGUUAUAAGAAAGUUUCAAAGGAAUCACCCGACGUUGAUUCUAUUGUGUCUUACAUAACACAAUAUGGUGGAACCAUUCAUGCCAAUGAAGCCAAUCAUCCUUACAUUACUGCCUAUGGUUCCAAGAAACUUCCAAAACAGUCAUCCUAUGAUGAUACCAGUAAACCUUACAUAACAUAUGGUGGAACCGAUCCCAAACCUGAUCUGAAAAAGUCUUCCAGCUUGGAUCAUACAGAGGCUUUCAAGGCAGGAUUUUUCGCUUUGAAUGAUCUUUAUGUUGGGAAUGUGAUGACACUGCAAUUUCCCAUCGAAGAGGUUUCUCACUUUCUUCCCAGAAAGGAAGCUGAUUCUAUUCCUUUCUCAAGCUCACAACUUCCAAGUGUUCUUCAACUCUUCUCGAUCCUAGAAGAUUCUCCCGAAGCUGUUGCCAUGAGAGGAACACUUGAACAAUGUGAAGGAGAACCCAUCACAGGAGAGACCAAGAUUUGUGCCACCUCUCUAGAGUCCAUGCUCGAAUUCGUUAGCACCACCAUUGGUUCAGAGACCAAGCACAACCUUCUGACAACUAGCCUCCCCACAAUCUCCGGUGUCCCUCUACAAAAGUUCACCAUUUUGGAUGUAUCAGAAGAUAUCGAUGCUCCUAAAUGGGUGGCUUGUCAUCCCCUAACUUACCCUUAUGCCAUUCAUUACUGUCACUUCAUAGCCACAGGGAGCAAGGUGUUCAAGGUCUCAUUAGGUAGUGAGAACGGAGAAAACAAAGUUGAAGCUCUCGGCAUCUGUCAUUUAGACACAUCAGAUUGGGAUCCAAACCACAUUUUAUUUAGGCAACUUGGAAUUAAAGCUGGGCAAGAUCCAGUGUGCCACUUCUUCCCCGUAAAACAUCUACUGUGGAUUCCCCAACCUUCACAAGCCACCAUGUGAAGGAACUUCGCUAGCUUCUACAAUAAACGUCAAUCUUAGUAGAGAUGACCAUGUUCCUGAUGUGAAGUUUCUCCUUGUGUUUAGGUUUUUAUGCCUUGUUUUAUAUACAAUAAUGUGUUAGCUAGAAAAAACCUCCUUGUUAAUGUUUAUGUUCCUUGAAAGAGUUGCAUAACUCAAAAUUCACAAUCUAGCUAAUGAAAAUGUUGUUGUGUUCUUAUUUAC